UUUGCAAUUUGGCUACAGAGAGAGAAGGCUGCAGGGAGCAGGUGUGUAAUUUCAAUGCACUCCAGCACCACCACCAUCCGUGACCCAAGGAACCCAGAACACGUGAAGACAUUUACUUUUGAUCUAGCCUAUUGGUCUCACAGUGGUUUUCAGAAGGACAAAGAUGGUUUCCUUAUGUCCACUGGUUCUAAUAGUGCCUAUGCAGACCAGAGGGACAUAUUUCGUGACCUGGGCCAAGGAGUUUUGGAUAACGCCUGGCAAGGUUACAACGCCACUAUCCUAGCCUAUGGCCAAACUGGCUCAGGGAAAAGCUAUUCCAUGAUUGGUUGUGGUGCAAACAGGGGCAUAAUCCCAAAUGUGUGUGAAGAACUCUUUAAAGCAAUUCAAACCCAGGAGGAAAAUCAGUAUCAGGUGACUUUCAGUAUGUUGGAAAUUUACAAUGAACAGGUCAUCGAUUUGCUGUCUAAAACAAAGAAGCCCGGUGGGCUCAAGGUGUUUCUUGAGGGAGAUCUCACCAAGCAAUCCAGUAUAAACUUGGUGGAUUUAGCUGGUAGUGAAAGGCAGAAGUCCUCAGGAUCAGAUGGAGACAGGCUGAGGGAAGGGACCCGGGUUAACCUCAGUUUAACCACAUUAGGAAAUGUCAUCAGCGCCCUUGCAGCCGUGGCUGUGGGGAAGAGGAUGCUCCAUAUCCCUUACCGAGACUCCAUCUUGACCAAGCUGCUCCAGCCAGCACUUGGGGGGAACAGCAGAACUGUUAUGAUUGCAGCUAUCAGUCCUGCUGAUAUUUGUUAUGAAGAGACUUUGUCAACUUUAAGAUACGCUGAAAGCGGUAACUAUAGGCUACCUGCUGAGUGCAUAGCUCUGGGCUUGUCUGCACAUCCAAGUAAAUCUUCUGCAGAAACUGUUUCUAAGUCAGUACUUUCAGUGCCCAGGAUUUACCAUCUGUUUUGUAUUUCUUCUAUAUUUGCUUGGGAAAGAACCAAAAAGAUCAAGAACAAGGCAGUGGUGAAUACCAGUCCCACAGAGAAACUUAUAAAGGAGUUGAAGGCAGAAAACAAUCAACUCUUGUUCAAGCUUGCUGGACUCGGGAAUUCAGGGAAACGAGUAGCAGAUAAAACAAAGGAGCUGGCAUCCUUGCUGGCAGAGAACCAAUUGCGGAUUCAGGCGAUUCAGAUGACCUGGGAGUAUCAGCUGGAGGAGGCCCGGAAGGAGUGGAAAGAGCAGUGUGCUGCAAUCAGUCAGGAGCAGCGAAUGGUGAAGUCCUUCCCUUACCUUCUGAAUGUGAAUGAGGACCCGCAGCUCACCGGAGUUCUCAAGCACUUCAUCCAGGAUGGUUCAUGUGAUGUUGGCCAGGCUGCAUCCAAUGCUAUAUCCCUUCGAGGCUUGGGUAUUUCUGACAAACAUGCUACGUUUACUAAUGUGGCUGGGAAAGUGACGGUGGUCCCACGUGGCAAGGGCAGGGUGGUUGUGAACGGCGUGCUGAUUGUUUUGGAAACGAAGCUGCAGCAUCUGGACCGUAUCAUUUUGGGAUCCACUAGUGCCUAUCUCUACAUUGGAUUUCCUUCAGAACGAGGAAGUGAAGACUUGACACCGUUUGAUUACGACUUUUUCCAGUCUGAGUUGGCAGCAGCAGAGGGGGUCAGUAUGGACCAGCUGGCUGCUACAAAUGAUGGUAAACCCGACCCCAGUGUCCUUGCGGUUUUCCAGGACUACAUUAAAUUGAUGCCUUUGGUGGCAGAAGCAAAUCAGAUGAGUGAGGAGCUUAUGAAGGAGCUUAGAUUGGAGCUGAAAGUAAAGAAUUUAGCAUCCUCAGAUUCUAGAGGAAAUGAUUUGCAAAAGGAAGUUGUGGUAAAAGUGACCAAUGAGAAGACUAAUGAGGUAUGGAUGUGGUCAAAAGCAAAGUUCAUCAAUCGGAAAUUUCUAAUGGAGGAAGUUUAUCAGCGUUUCCUAGAUGGAGAGGACCUCCAGAUCACUCAAGAAAAUGACCCAUUCUGGGAUCCAGUUGAGGCCAUUCACUUAGGAUCUGCUCAUGUCUGGCUUCAGUCUCUUGCUUACUGUAUGAAACUUGAGGAACAAACUGAACUACUGAACUCUGAUGGAUUGGAAGAAGCAACUAUACUUGUUGAUGUAAUUCCAUGUUCCAGAAGCGGAGAGUAUGUGUAUCUCUUUCCCCUCUCUUUUAGUGACAAGAACUCCAAACUUCUGAAAGUUCAGUCUUUAAAAGCCAACGUUUGUAUUGCAAUAGAUAAGGAGGUAAAAAAACAAAAUGGGAUUAACUCCUAUCACUCGGAGAAAACUGAGGAAAAGCUGUUUCUGGCUCCUAAAGGGGAUGAACUGAGCCUUCCAGGGGCCAGCAGUCAGCCACACCAAGGCAGGGGGAAAGAAGAAUCCUUGCCAGGCCUGGCACUGUGUGCCCCACACGAGCUGUUGGGCCAGCUUCCCCACUUCACGAGCAUGUCCGAAGCAGCGGCCACAUCGGAGGAGGAGCCUAGUGAGAUGGUCCAGCCUCCUGUGGAAUUCACCAGCCUGUUGACUGCCAUCUCAGGACGCAUUUCAGUGCCCCAGCUGAGACGACCUGAAGCCAAGGAAGAAAACGUCAAACAGCCCCUCGACAUUCCAGGACCCUGGUCCCCAGAGCUAGCCAAGUUGUCCAGCUUCCUUUGGAAUUUACUUGCCAUCAGCCAUCUUGGGAUAUUCCGGACUCCCUAUUCCUUUGCAUCCCAACUGAGAGAAUCCCAGGCCAGUGGACAAAAUGGGAAGCGAAGGUGUGGCUUUGCUCUCAAACCCAGCUUGGUUCUUUUUAGAAACCGGAACUGCCCACUUCACCUGCGUGCUUCGAGAGAAAUGGAGACGUCAGCCUGGGGUGGGCGAGGAGGGCCAGGUGGAGAGAAGCCAGCCUGCACCCAAGGAAAAGACUGGAACCAAAGUGAAAAGAAUUCAAAUGGCUCAGCUCUUCAUCGGAAAAAAAAUGGAAAAACGAAGAAGAUGAAAAUGAGGAUCAAGUUGAGGAAAGCUGCAAGAGCUGGGUCUUUAAGUCCUAAUCCCUUGAGAGAACAUAAAGAAGAGUUUUCACUAUUGUCCUCUCACACUACCUGCGGGGGACAAAUGGCAUCCCUGGGCCUCUGCGACAGCGACACAGAUCACGGCCCCCCUACCGACCUGCUGUGGAUUUCAUCGCCAGCCUGCCGAUCCGACGGCCAUCCCAGAACUCGCCUGAUUCGUCGUUCUUCGGCACCCCAGCCGAGACAACUGCAGCUCCUCCCCCAGGAUGUUCUCUGGGGUCUGCAGCUGUCUCUCAACUUCGCCAAAACCGGAACUGCCCACUUCACCUGCGUGCUUCGAGAGAAAUGGAGACGUCAGCCUGGGGUGGGCGAGGAGGGCCAGGUGGAGAGAAGCCAGCCUGCACCCAAGACUCCUGCACCUGAACUAUCAGAACUUCACCUGAAACUGUUGAAGUUGGAACAGAAGAGUGAACUGCUGAGGAAUAUCGUCAGAACUCUCUGGGAAGAAAAUAUGCUUUUCAAGGAUUGGCUGAAGAGUUCUGGCAUAGGACAACAAAAAGAGAGCAACCUAGCAAAACCACCGGAUAAAUUAAAGCUGUGUACUCAUCGGGCCAGCUGUGAUGCUGAAUUUGCCAAGGCUUUGAACAUCUUCUACCAAAGCAUGAACCAAGUGAAGGGGCAGUUCCUGAAGCUGAGACACUUCAGAGCACCUGAGGACGACAAGCAGUUGCGGUUUUUCACUGAAAAACUGGCACAUAUGCUAAAAGAUUUUGAGCAGCUACUAGACUCCAGUCUCUGGAAACUGAAAAAUAAUGUUGCUCUUGUAAUUCAAAAGAAGAGAGAAAAUUCAGUGCCUAGCAAAUGUUCAGGCUCUACUUUUCCUAGAUCAUUGAAGGUUGUUAAGCAAAUUAUUUUGCAUAGCUCAAAAAUUUUCAAGCCCCCUCACUUUCUCUUUGUAUACCUGUCAUACUGAAUUGGGAACUUCAAAGUUCUGUAAAGAUAAUAAAUUUUAAGACUUAUGCUUUAAA